AUGUCUCACCGUGUGUUCAAACCUGUCAUACUCUUCCAUGAUCAUUCAUAUAGCACUGAUCCAUCGGGUGUAACCCAUCGCAUCCACAUACCUUAUGGAGAUCCUCACUACACUCCGCUGAUCCAGCAAAAAAAGCACAAAGUAGGGCUCAUGCUGCAGACAAAUGGCCGUGCAUGGUAUGAUAUAAUCAAGAGUUCUCGAUCGAAAUACAAGACACCAAAGCCAUCGUCCUACACCAAGAGACGUCAUUAUUACCAGGCAGGUUCCUCGUCCGAGGUGGAUGAAGACGAAGAUGACAACCACAGCACAAUGACUUCCAGCAGCUCAUCAUGUACCACAAACAGUAGUAACAAUUCCAUCGCAUCACCUAUACCCACAGCCAAAGCCGCAGCUACAUCCGCCACUACCAGCACGGCACCCACUAGUAUGAUUGCUCGAAAGAGAAGAGGAAACUUGCCAAAGACAGUAACAGCGGUGCUGAAGCAAUGGCUGAUUGAUCAUUGCAGAAACCCUUAUCCAACCGAGAUUGAAAAAACAGGGUUAAAAGAUAAAACAGGUCUGACGCUGAAUCAGAUUAGUAACUGGUUCAUCAAUGCAAGACGAAGACUAUUACCUCAAAUCCUUGCUACAAUGCAUCCAAAUCACAAAGAAACAAACGGCAUGUUGCAUCAUCAUCACUCACAGCAGCAUCAUCAGCACACGAUUGAAGACGAGGAUGACGAUGACGGCGUCGAUGAUGACGAGGAGGAAGGGGAGGAAGAAGACGACGACGAUGAUUUAAUUCCUAUGCCACAACCACGAAAGAGAAGAAGAACGAAUUUCCUGUACACUACAAACAAUCAACAAGCUCUUCCUCCUACGACUGUCGUCAGAAAGCGUAGACGUUAUAACAAGAGAUCCAAUGCUGUAUUAUCAUAA